CCAGUGCAGGCAUGGGCAGCUUUUAGCUGAUGCACAGCUUUGCUUUCUCAAGCCGCUGGAGUGAGAAAAUGAAGCGCAAGGCAGGGAGCGGGCGGGAGCCCGAGCAGAUGAAGAAGUUGAAGUUAUCGGUGCAGCAUUUCGUGGAGAAAUCCCAUGGCGGUGAGUCUGCUGGGGACACUGGCAGAGGGGAGACCUCGGGCGGCAGAGGCCAGACCAGGAAGGAGCUCAGGAAGGAGAGACGCAGGUCUAAGAAGCUGAGGAAAAAACAGUACUAUGAGCGACGGCAUCUCGGCACCCCUGGAGAACAAGCUGCAUCUGUAGUGGGGAACCUCAAAGCCCCCCAAAAUGUGGUUCCCAAAAAAGCCCCCCAAAAUGUGGUACCCAAGAAAGCUCCCCAGAAUGGGGAACCCAAGAAAGCCCCCCAGAAAGUUAAAGAGGUGAAUAAGCCACCCCAGGAUGGACCCAAAAAGAAGAAAGCAAGCAAGGAAGAAAUGAGGAGGAAUGCUCUGCUGGAGGCCAAUAAGAAGGAGGAGAGUGAGAUCAAGAGGCUGGAGAAGAGUCUGAGGAUGAACAAGAGAAAAAAUAAAAGCUCAUUACCCCAGGCUUUCACACAAGACGGGUUGGAUUAUAUUCUGGGGGUGCUAGAGCCUGGGGGCUCGGUUUCUGGGUUGUACCAGGAGGAGGACGAAGAGUUUAACACAACAGAAAAAGUCUACAAGCUGUCAGAGGAUGUAGACAGCUCUGAGGGUGGUGAUGAUCAAAGUGAUGAGGGUAAUCAAAGUGAUGAGGGUCUAGAGGAGGGAGGGAGUGCCGAGGAAGAUGAGUAUAUGGACAAUGAGUCAGGAGAAGAGUUAGAAGGUGACCUAAACCAGGAGUCAGAGGGUGAGGAUGAUGACCAGGCGUCAGAAGCUGAAGGGUCUGACGAAGAAAACCUUGACAGAUCUUCAGGUUCAGUCAGCGACAAUGAGACCAAUCCUGAAGUAAUUAAAAAGGAUGUGCAAGGAUCAGGGAAUAAGUACAUCCCACCGCAGCUGAGAGAUGCGUCUGAUUCUAUAGAUGCCAAAAAGCGGGAAGAACUAGAGCGGCUUAAAAAAAGCGUGAAAGGUUUGAUGAACAGGCUUAGUGAACCGAACAUGGCAUCUAUCAGCGGGCAGAUGGGGGAUCUGUACAUGGCCAACAGUAGAAAGGACAUGAAUGAAACGCUAACAGAUGUUGUAAUGAAUGCCUGUAUCACUCCUGCCAGAAUGCCUGACCGUCUAAUGAUGGAACAUGUACUUCUAGUCAGCAUACUGCAUCACACAGUAGGGAUCGAGGUCGGUGCACAUGUAUUGGAAUCUUUGGUUAAACAAUUCCAUGAACUGUAUGGUAACGGCACGGAAAGCAAAGAGUGUGACAACUUGAUCUCUUUCAUUGGGCAUCUCUACAACUUCCACGUGAUUGAUUCUGGACUGGUGUUUGAUUUCCUGAAGAAAUUUGUUGCGACAUUUACAGAGAGAGAUGUUGACUUGGUUCUGCUUUUGCUGAAGAAUGUUGGCUUUUCCUUAAGAAAAGAUGAUGCAAUGGCCUUAAAGGAACUGAUCAGCGAGGCACAGAUAAAAGCAAACGAUGCCAGCAGAAAGUUUCAGGAUCAGACCAGAGCCCGGUUUAUGCUUGACACAAUGUUGGCUCUGAAGAACAAUGAUAUGCGCAAAAUCCCCGGUUAUGACCCUGAGCCUGUGGAGAAACUGAGAAAACUGCAACGCUCCUUGGUACACAAUAGUACUUCUGGCAGUGACACACGUCUUCGGGUCUCCCUGGAAAAUCUCUUGGAAGCUGAAAAAGUUGGACGUUGGUGGAUUGUUGGAUCUUCCUGGAGCGGGGCACCAAUGAUUGAUUCUUCCAUUUCUAAACCACAGAAUCCCACUGUUGGGAAGGUCAGUGCAAAGAUAAUGGAUUUAGCACGAAAGCAGAGGAUGAACACUGACAUCAGGAGAAAUAUCUUCUGUGUUCUUAUGACCAGCGAAGACUUUAUGGACUCCUUUGAAAAAUUAAUCAAACUUGGUCUCAAGGAUCACCAAGAGAGAGAGAUUGUGCAUGUCCUCAUUGACUGUUGCCUGCAGGAGAAGGUGUACAAUCCUUUCUACUCCUUUCUGUCAAGCAAGUUCUGUGAAUACGACAGACGGUUUCAGAUGACAUUCCAGUUCAGCAUGUGGGACAAAUUUAGGGACUUGGAAAAUCUCAAGUCCACAACUUUCUCAAACCUUAUUAAUCUCCUGACCCACCUGAUUAAGAGCAAGUCCCUCCCGCUGUCAAUUUUUAAGGUUAUAGAGUUCAGCGAGCUGGAUAAAAUCCGCGUGUCUUUCCUACGUCAGGUUCUCUACAAGCUGCUGACAGAUGCUGACGUGGAAGAGUUGGCUGAGAUUUUUGGAAAAGUCUCUGAAAAUGCAAAGUUGGGGAUGCUGCGUGAGGGGUUAAAAUUGUUCAUCACCCACUUUUUGCUGAAGAAUAUCCGGGCUCAGAGAAGUGCCGAAGAAGCCGAACUGCUCAUUCAGAGAGCAGAUUUAGCUGUCAAAGCUUUGCAGGCCAAAGAGCACAGAUUGCGGCUAUAAAGUACUGACAUGCGUACAGACUUUUCCUAGAGAACCUACACAUCCUAGACAAGGCCGCAGACCUGCUCUCACAGAGGUUUUGUCAGUAUACAGUUCUUACGCUGCAGUGAGGGAUUCUUGGUAGGGAAUUAAAGGGAUCUGCAACUUAUACUCAUGAGAAAAAAAAAGUUAUUAAAAAGAUAACGUGGAUGGAGUCAUCAGAAUAUCGGAAAUGCUUAGUCUUUUUAAAAAUGUGCUUGCAGUUGCGGCCGUGAAAACAUUUACACGUUUUGUGUAUGUAUAUUUUAUUUUUUAACAGUUUGAAAAAGUGGAAUUUUAACCUGUGUCAGGUUAGGUGGUGUUCAGCCGUUUGUAGUGUGACUGCUCUCGAAAUAAGAAAGCAAAAAUCACCUGUAUGUUUGUCGCCCAAAUGGAUUUAUACAAUUCACAUAAACAAUCAUUUCUAACUCUGUUUUCCUAGAGCUAUAAAAGAACAUUUGAUGUGAGCGAUCCGUCUUGUUGACAGACUUACAGAACCUCUAAUCAUUGAGCCAUUGGAGUCCCACAAAUUACUGUCAUAACACUAUCAUUGCAGAACAAUAUUGCACAGCGAUAUUCCCAUAAAUGAAGCCAAUUUAACGGGGUUUAUUCACUAAACCAGAAAAUGUGAAGGAUUAACAUUUGGAAAGGAUAAAUAAAAAUCUAUCGUAUAGUCCGGGCUGACAUGAAGGGUGUGAGACCUGGUAUUAUUUGUUACUAUUGUAGCGUGAUGCGG